AUGCAAGAACUUCCAGAUUGCUUGUACGAGGGAAAGCAACCAACCUUAAUCACUCCAUCUUCUCCCACGCCAAAUCACACUCUCUACCUUUCCAACCUCGACGACCAUCAUUUUCUCAGAUUCUCUAUCAAGUACCUCUACCUUUUCCAAAAGUCUCCCUCCUCUCUAACCCUCAAAGAUUCUCUAUCUAGGGUGCUAGUCGAUUACUACCCGUUCGCUGGUCGGAUCAAGGUCUCUGCCGACAAGACCAAGCUCGAGGUUGACUGUAAUGGGGAGGGGGCAGUUUUCGCAGAAGCUUCCAUGGAUAUAACUCGUCAAGAGUUUCUUGAAAUUUCACGCAAACCAAAAAGCUCUUGGAGGAAGCUCUUGUUCAAGGUUAAAGCUACCGGUUUCUUGGAUAUCCCUCCUCUUAUCAUACAGGUGACGUAUCUCCGUUGCGGAGGUAUGAUCCUCUGCACUGCGAUCAAUCAUUGCCUUUGUGACGGCAUCGGCACAUCGCAGUUCCUACAUGCAUGGGCCCAUGCCAACACCACCAGUGCUCCGCUUCCCAUCCAACCGUUCCACUCUCGACACAUGUUAGAACCACGAGAUCCACCGCAUGUCACACACUCACAUCCCAGUUUCACCUGGACCACCGUAAACAAAACCUCCACCUUCAACAUUUGCAAGUAUUUACAGUCCCAACCACUGGCUCCCACCACUCUUACCUUCACACCAUCCCUUAUCAUACGCUUAAAGAAAACAUGCGCUCCCUCGCUAGAAUGCACCACGUUCGAGGCACUAGCGGCUCACACAUGGUGCUCUUGGGCUCGAUCUCUUGACUUGCCGUUGACCAUGCAGGUCAAACUUUUGUUCUCUGUCAAUAUGAGGAAAAAGCUGACUCCAGAACUUCCCCAAGGGUAUUAUGGUAACGGAUUCGUGCUAGCUUGCGCCGAGAGAAAAGUACAACACCUAGUCAAUGGUAAUAUUUACCACGUGGUAAAAUUAAUACAAGACGCGAAAACGAGAAUCACCGACGAGUAUGUAAGAUCAACGAUAGAUUUACUGGAGGAUAAAACUGUAAAAACAGACGUCUCAAAAAGUUUGGUUAUUUCACAAUGGGCGAGAUUGGGAUUAGAGGAUUUGGAUUUUGGAGGAGGAAAACCAAUGUAUAUGGGUUCUUUGACGAGUGAAAUCUACUGUUUAUUUUUGCCGGUGACCGGAAACUGUGACGCCAUUAGUGUUCAGGUGUCCUUGCCGGAGGAUGUUUUGAGGAGGCUGGAGUAUUACAUGGUUAAGUUUCUUGACGAAAAAGAGGAUGAAGACGAGGACAGUGAGAUACCGCCGGAUACAGAGGACGCUGAGAUCACUCUCCAAUCUCUUACAGGAUGGGGAUCUCCUAAGACUAUUCGCGCCUACACAGAAAUAUAUAGACAAAAUAUGGUCGCUUUGAUCGAUAGUGGCGCCAGCCAUAAUUUCAUAAAUGACAAAACCGCAGCACUCCUGGAUCUGCAACUCAUUCCGACUAAACCGUUCAAUGUGAGAGUGGCUGAUGGAUUUCCGAUACAGUGUAGCGGCAUUUACCGGAAAAUAGAGAGCUCUGACAGCGAUGGCUAUGUUCCCGACGAGAUGCAACAACUAUUGCAACAAUACAUCAACAUAUUCCGUGCUCCGACAACCCUUCCUCCACCACAAGAUAUUGAGCACCACAUCGUGCUGAAGGAGGGAAGCAAUCCAGUGAAUGUUUGGCCGUAUCGCUAUGUUUCAAAUCUUCUCAAGUCUCAAACCACCAAUAUGUUUACUUUCCAACAAAGCGACAAACCGGUUUCUGCUACUCAAGCUAUGGCUAGACGCUACAGUCGCUCUGAGAAAGAAAAAUGGCAGUCUCCCUCUGAGCCACCAGCCAAACGACCUCCGGUGCGCAUACCGGCAAACGACUGCGAAGAUCUCAUAGAGGCCAACAGACUAACUAUCAUUGGGCGGCUAACGAACCCUCUGGUCCAAUAG